UUUUCCCUAUGUGUCCAGAAUUUAGGAACACCCUGUAGAGGGAAAAGACAAUAUGUGGUCAUGGGGCAUUGAUUCCUGACCUGGGGGCAAAUUGGAGUCACUGAAGGACUCCAGGAGGAUCUUGAAGAUUCCUUUGGGAAAGCUUCAAGAGGGAGCUGAGUUCCUCUGGCUAGGACUCUUUCUGGAUUCCAUAUAGAGUAAGCAGAAUUAAGACUGACCAGCUUGUCUUUUCCCCUCUACAGUGUCAACUGAAAAGCCCCAGGAGCCUCUAACCAGUCCUCACUACUGCCCAUGUUGAGUGUGGUACUGUGAACUUUUUCUUUCCAAGUUCUGGUGAUAGUAAUAUGAUAAUGCCCCACAAGCAGGUAGAACAAAGUACUCUUCUCUAGUUUCUGCUAAACUUGUGUCAGAAAUUCUAUCACAAUGAAAUUGCUAGGCUCUAUUAUUACCUGGUGUCUGGCAUUUGUCCAACCCUGAAUUCCCCUCUGUGUGCCUCAGUUUCUUUGUCUGUAAAAUGAAGAAGUGGGGAUAAGUUACCUCUGAGGUCCCUUUUAGCUCAGAUAGUCUUUGGCUUUAGAAUGCUUAGAAUUCAUAAUAAGUCCUAAGGGAAUUCAGAGAGGGGAAAGAUCAACCCCCUGAGGUUCUGGAGCAGUCUGGGGAAUCUUAGUGGAAGAGGUCAGCCUGGAGGUGGACCCCGAAAGACACAUAGAAUUUGGGGAGCUGUGUUAUAGGAAUGAAGGCCAAGCCUGAGCUGAUCUGAGUUGCUGUCUCUUCAAGGCUUCAGGCCAGCCUAGGUGCCCAAUGCUGGCUCUGAUGUUAAGCAUUUCUCCCAUGUUCUAAUUCCCCAGUGCCCACUCCCUCUCUGAAAUACAUACAGCACAAGAGCUUGCUGGCUUCUACUAAUGCCAACCAGUUUCUUCCCCUGAUCCUCAUUUCCAGUCAGAAGUUGAGCUGAUUAAAGAAUAAUCAUUUUGCAGUUGAUGGAAAUUUCCCUCUCUGAGCUCUGUGUUCUUUGCUAUGGGUAUAGAAAUGAGAACAGGGCACAGCGCGGAGCAGAUGCCAGAGAGGGAGGGCACUCAGCUUCUUAGUGCAAGGAUUUUCUAGCUCCAGAAAAGGUGGGGAAUGGGGAGCUGGGGUGCAGGACUGAAGUGAGUCCUAGACUGUGGUGCGAUAGAAAGAGAACUGGAUAGGGAACUCGAGAGACAAAGGCUCUAGACCUCUGUCUGCCACUAGCCAGUACAUUACCUUGGGCCAACAAUUGAGAGCCCAGGAUUCUGGCUUCCUUCCCAACCUUUAGACAUUCCCAAGGAGAUCUGAGUGCUAUCAAAUUUGGCAUAACAAUCCUUAUCAUCCCUUCCCCUGAAACCUGUGUUGGGGGUGGGGUGCGGGGAGUCCUUUGGACAACUAGAUCCAAAUUAGGUCUUAAAAUCCAGCCCCCAGAUGCAUCCUGUUCCCUAACCACUGGCCCUCAGGGAGUCUAGUUGGUGAGUCUGUACUGUGUGCCUUCUGGGUUUCCAGUCCUUUGUGGCAUGCUAGGAGGACAGGGUACAGAUAAUGAAGUAGAAAGUGUGGUUCCUGCCUCCCCCUCCCCCAGAAUGACUGGUUUUGUUGCGGAGACAAGACUAGCUUAAAAUGAGAGAGGACACAAGAGUAAUGUGAGAACACCUGUGUAAGGAACAAUGAUAUGUACGGGAUAAAUUAUAAGAAGGAAAGAUGGAUGUGAGCCAGAGUAGCUGGGGAAGGCUUCCUGUUCCUGGAGGUGACGCCAGCUGGGCCUCAAAGCCUGAGCAGUAUUCCUAUAGAUGGAAGAUGUUGUCAAAACUGGGAAACAUUUGGCUCUUUGUGGUUGCAAAUGUGGAAAGAAGGGACACCAACCUGGGGCCCAAGAAAGGAGAUUGCGUUCAUUUUCUCUGGUUUUUUCCUAUUUGUAAAAUGGGUUUCCAUAGAUACCCCCAAAAUGCUCAGCACUCUAUGGCCAUCCCCCUGCUUAGUAGUCGGUAAAAAACCCAAGUAUCAAGUUAGCAUUGAGUGGGGUAAAGAGGUCCAGGUAGAUUUGUACAGGGUCUCCUUCCUUGCCUGCUAUGAUUUUGUCCUUGACCUUGCCCUCUGAAGAUAUGGGGCCCCUGGCGUGGAGUUCACGGGUUUACAUAAGGAGACGGCUACAGUCACACAGAUGCACUUUUUGCCUGGCCAGGGCCAACUCCUCACCUUGCUAGACGACAACACCCUCCACCUUUGGGGGAUCUUUCAGAAGGAUGGCUACUCCCACUUGGAGGAGACCCACAGCUUUCUCCUGCCGGGCCGCCCAGGGUUUGACAGUGCUAACUCCCCUCCCAGCAUCACCCGGGUGACAGUGAUCUUGCUGAAGUCAGCCUGCAACAUGGCCUGCUUGGGCACGGAAGGAGGUGGCAUCUACUUCCUGAAUCCCACCAGCCUUGCCUUGCUAGAUGACCAGACCCUGUACCAGGAUGAGGUCCUGCAGAGCGUGCCUGAUGAUUACAGGUGUGGGAAGGCUCUUGGGCCGGUGGAAUCCCUACAGGAGCAUCCUCAGGACCCCUCCAAGAUCCUCAUUGGCUAUAGCCGGGGCCUAGUCGUCAUCUGGGACCAGAGCACCAGGCAUAUUGACCACCUCUUCUUGGGAAAUCAGCAGCUGGAGAGCCUUGCCUGGGAGCGCAGCGGCAGCAUCCUCGUGAGCUCCCACAGUGAUGGCAGCUACAUGAUCUGGUCCAUGAGUGAUGACAGCGCCUGGACCCUCCAGCCCACCACCUCCACCAUCCCCUAUGGUCCCUUUCCCUGCAAAGCCAUCAACAAAAUCCUUUGGCGCACCUGUGAGUCUGGGAGCCACUUCAUCAUCUUCAGUGGGGGGAUGCCUCGGGCCAGCUAUGGGGACAGACACUGUGUGACGGUGCUGCAGGGCCAGACACUGGUUACUUUAGACUUCACUUCCCGGGUGAUCGACUUCUUCACCGUGUACAACACAGAGCCCAAGGAUGAGUAUGACAACCCCAGUGCCCUGGUGGUGCUGGUGGAGGAGGAGCUGGUGGUGAUCGACCUGCAGACUCCUGGAUGGCCCACAGUGCCAGCCCCAUACCUGGCCCCGCUCCACUCUUCAGCCAUCACCUGCUCCUACCAUAUUUCCAACGUCCCCCUCAAGCUCUGGGAGAGGAUCCUAAGCGCUGGCAAGCGGCAGAGCCCCCAGCUCGCUUCUAUGAACUGGCCCAUCAACGGAGGGAAGAACUUAGCUCAAGAGCCUACUCAGAGGGGACUCCUCCUGACCGGCCACGAGGAUGGGACGGUACGGUUCUGGGAUGCUUCAGGAGUGUCACUGAGGCCACUCUACAAACUGGGAACGGCUAACAUCUUCCAGACGGACUGCGAGCAUGCAGACAGCCUCAACCAGGCCAGCGAGGAGGAGUGGCCCCCUUUCCACAAGGUGGGGUGUUUUGACCCCUACAGCGAUGACCCCCGGCUUGGUAUUCAGAAAAUAUCGCUGUGUAAAUAUACAGCCAAGAUGGUGGUGGCAGGCACUGCAGGACAGGUGCUUGUCAUGGAGCUGAGCGAUGAGAAGUCUGAGCACCAGGUCAGCGUUGCCACCAUGGACCUGUUACAGGACCGGGAAGGCUUCACCUGGAAGGGCCAUGACCAGCUGAGCCCAAAGAAUGGCUCCCUGGCCUUUCCCCCGGGCUUCCAGCCCAUCGUGCUGGUGCAGUGCCUGCCCCCGGCUGCCGUGACAGCAGUCACCCUGCAUUCCGAGUGGAACCUUGUUGCCUUUGGGACCAGCCAUGGUUUUGGACUCUUUGACUAUUACCGCCGGAAUCCAGUGCUGGCCAGGUGUACCCUUCAUCCCAACGACUCCCUAGCCAUGGAGGGACCGCUGUCCCGGGUCAAGUCCCUGAAGAAGUCCCUGAGACAGUCCUUCCGGCGAAUUCGUAAGAGCCGAGUCUCUGGCAAGAAGCGGACCAACCUCAGUAGCCCCAGCAGCAAGGUGCAGGAAGCCAAUGCCCAGCUGGCCGAGCAGGCCUGCCCUCACGAUGUGGAGAUGACACCCGUGCAGCGACGGAUCGAGCCCCGAUCGGCCGAUGACUCACUCUCAGGCGUGGUGCGCUGUCUCUACUUUGCAGAUACUUUCCUCCGAGAUGCUACUCACCAUGGACCAACCAUGUGGGCAGGUACCAACUCAGGGUCAGUGUUUGCUUAUGCCCUGGAAGUACCGUCCCAAGAGAAGUUCUCUGAGCGGGCAGUGGAGGCAGUCCUGGGCAAGGAGGUGCAGUUGAUGCACCGAGCCCCGGUGGUCUCCAUCGCUGUGCUGGAUGGGCGGGGAAGUCCCCUGCCUGAGCCCUACGAAGUGUCCCGAGACCUGGCCAAGGCCCCGGACAUGCAGGGAAGCCACUCUGUACUUAUCUCUUCCGAGGAACAAUUCAAGGUGUUUACAUUGCCCAAGGUCAGCGCCAAGACCAAGUUCAAGCUUACAGCCCAUGAGGGCUGCCGGGUACGGAAGGUGGCUCUGGUCACCUUCACCAGCGUGGCCUUUGAGGACUACACAGAAAACUGCCUGGCCUGUCUCACCAACCUUGGCGACAUCCACGUCUUCGCAGUGCCGUCCCUUCGGCCUCAGGUGCACUAUGACUGCAUUCGCAAAGAGGACAUCAGCGGCAUCGCUUCCUGUGUCUUCACAAAAUAUGGGCAAGGGUUCUACUUGAUCUCCCCGUCGGAGUUUGAGCGUUUUUCCCUGAGUGCCAAGAAUAUCACGGAACCCUUGUGCUCCCUAGAUUUCAUCCGACCUCAUGAUACCACCUGUGUCAGCAAUGAUUACAAAGGAUCACCCAAGCUGAGCCAGGCCAAUGGAACCCACAUGCUGCCAGUGUCUGAGGGGAACCAUUCCUUCGUUGAUGGAGCUGGAACCCCAGAGCAUUCCCAGGCUGCCCUCUCCCCAGCAUCCAUAGACUCUCCCAACAGCACAGAAACCACGCUGGACAGCACCGCUGAUAUCACCGUGGAAGAAGUGAAGGAUUUCUUGAGCUCUUCAGAGGAAGCAGAGAAAAAUUUGAGAAACAUAGAGGACGAUGCCCGAUCUCCAGGAAUCCUGAUCAAAUAAGGAUAGAUGCUGUUGCCUGUGGCUCAGGCUCGGACCCCAGCGACGAGGAUCACAGCCCACGGCCCAGCCAGGGGCCCAACAGUCCACGCACACCUGCCCUGUGUCCAUUGGAUACCGUCCCUGUAACAUAGGCUUCUACCUUCUAACUGUGGCAGGGCAGAAGCAGCAGUGCCCUGGAUCCCCAUAACCCCCGCCCGCCCUCCUGCUCCCCCAGAACAACACUAAGAAGAAUCUUCUCCUGGGGGUGGGGAGAGGCGGGGGAGGACAGCAGGAACCAAGGAAGGAGAGAGCCCUGCAUGUACCUCCUCCUGGCCCUCACUGGCCAUUUCCCCUGUUCUUCUAGGAGUCACGUUUCUCAUGUCUAAGACUGUUUCUGCCCCAUGGACUGAAGGGAUAGAAUCCUCAUUCACUAAUUCCUGUUACUUUCACACAACACAGCCUCCCUUGGGAGCCAAGGCUACUGUUUCCCCCGCUUAGGCUACCUCAGCUCGCCCAGAAAGCCUGUCUAUGGCAGAGGGGCAGGGGUGAGCCCCAUGCACUCCCACCUUCCUGUGUGCCACCCCCCCCAUAUCAUACUUAAGGCCUUGGCAAAGAGUGGGCUACGAUGGCACCUGUGUACUGUGGCAUUUUCCUACAGAGGAGCCCCCGCCCCCAGGCGGUGGGCCUGGUCCUCCUCCUCCCCUGCUGCCUCCAUCCUGGAUCCUAGAUUCUCUCCCUCAGCUCCAGGCUUCUGUCCUCAGGACCACCCCCCACCCUGUUUUUCACCUGCUAGACCCAUGCCUUGCCUGAGGGGCUCCGGUUUCACAUAGAAGUCCGUCAUGCCUCAUACCUGCCUACCUACCAGAAGUGGAUUAGAGGACCAGGCUGCUGCCUCCGUCCCCCAGUUUGAAAUGAGUAAUUUUUUUUUCUUCCCCUGGGGAUGGCCCAGUUGGAACUUGGCCUCUUCCAUCUUGUCCAGAAGCACAAAUCUAACCUAGUGGCUCGUAAUCUUGUCUGACCCCCAGCUCCUGAUCACAUCCCCUGGAAGGGAGGAGUUCAGAGAUCACAAGAGACUUGUUUUUGUUUUUCCUGACUGUUAACUACGUGGUUGAUGUCUCCUUGGGGAAACCAGGCAGAGAGCAGUGGUGGUAGGUUCCUAGCUCUUCCGUGAAGAAAGAAUCAUGCAGCCCGUCCCAGGAAUUUCUGUAUGAUUUCUAUGGUGUUUGUCCCGGGGAAUGAGCAAAGGGAAUAAUUCCUAUCAGGCCUGGUGGACCUGGGUAGGGGGGUGGGGGAAGGCAGGGAAUCAGUUCCCUGUGUGUCACAGGCAAUGCCUUACUUUUAAGGAGAGACCCAGAGGCUCGGGCCCCAUUGUCAUGCCAAAAUGGGGGCAAUUUCUGGGAUAUGGUGGAAGGCACGAAUCAGAAGGCAGCCUCUCCCAGUCCAGCUUCUGUAACCACUUACACCCUGGGCCAAGCCUCAGUCAACAAAGCCGCUUUAGGACAGGCUGGGGGGGAGCCUGAGGCCCAGAGUUCAGCCCAGGGUGAGUCCCUGGUCAAGAAUACUGGAGCCUUUGCGUAUAUGGUUUGUUUUUUUUUUUAAACAGCCAAGGUUGCCUCACUGGGACUUGGACAAAAAAGAUUUCUAAAGUUAUUUUGGUAUUCUUGCUCCGUGAGUGUGCGUAUAAGUGUGUCUGAGCCCCUCUCCAGGCCAACAAACCUGCCUAUUGACCAUGCUCCCAUUUUGUGUCCUGGGGGGGGUUAGGGAGAAGUGGUGGUAGGGGGCUUCUCUUGUAGAAUGUAUCUUUUUGGGGGGGGGUGUCUUUUUGUUAAGAUUAAUUAGGAUUGUUUUAGGUAUUAAAAAUACUGGUUUUUAAUAUUGAAAAUAAAGCAUUUAGUAUCUUAAA